AUGCAAUUUUCAACUUUAAACUCUUUUCGCUGUUCGGAAAGAUGCAAAUUUCACUAUACACAAAAUGCAAUUGCCAUUAUUCUGGGUGCAAUAAAACAAGUUAAAAUGUAUCCUUCUGUUAUACCCAAUUAUUUCGUAGCUAGAGCGAAAUUGGAAAAAAAGAAGAGCUUUUCGGGAAGAUCAAUCAAUGAUGUUAUUUUAUGGCGAGAUUUUCUCAUCCCCUUUAUUGUGUUAAUAGUCGAAAGUCAUAACAGUUCAAGUGAACCAUUGUGA